AUUUAAUGUUUAGUCAAUAUUUUAUUUUAUAUUGAACAUAUAAAGAUGCCAUUUUGGUUCAAAAAUAUAUAUUUUACUUUACUUUCUAUUGUAUUUUUGAAUCUAUAUGGUAAUAGUAUGCAAUUAAAUUUCAAAUGGCCAGAAAGUCAUAUACAAUUAACUCCUUGUCAUUCAACAUACACAAUAACUUCAGGCAAUUAUGUGUUGGAUUAUAAUUCAAAAGUAACAGGAAAUUAUAGUAAGUUAGAUAAAAUUGUUUUAUUUUUUAAAAACAUUGUAAAUCUAAAGGUUUUUAUUUUUAGAUGACUGUACUUUUUUAAUAGAAAGUCCACCAGGUACACAAAUGCGAUUAAAUGCUACCAUCUCAAUAUUAAAUGAAAACCAUAAUGAAAAUUGUACAAAUUGGUUAAAGUUUUAUGAUUUUCAUAGUAAUGCUUCAUUAGUACCAUUUGGAGAGUGAGUUAAAUUAUUAUAAAUACAUAAUUUAAUACCUAAUUAAUAAUUACAAUGUUUUUAAUAUUUGAACAGAUAUUGUGAAUUAAGAAAUAUAACCAACUUUUUAACAUUUUCAAACAUUGUGUAUGUUGUUAUAAAUAUUUCACCUAAUGAUAUACUUCAAUUAAAUAUUACAAUUUAAUAAUAAUUUAUUUGAAAAAUUAGUACACAUACUAUAAACAAUACAAUAUACAAUAUGCAACAUUCCAUAUAAGCCCAGUUUGUGAUGGGAGUGCUGAGUUCAUUAGACAUUAGAACUUAAGAGUAUAAUUAUUUAAACAAAUAUGAUUUAAAUGUAUGACAUAUAAUAUGAAAACCAAUUAAUUUUUUUGAUGCAAAAUGUAUAUUAUUAUCGUUCAUUACAAUGAUUCAUUGUAACAAUUGCAUUUAAAUCUGGUAAAUAAUCUUUUAUUUUAUUAGAUGUAGGUAUAAUACAAUAAUAAUUA